UGGCUUUCAGGCGAAGAAGACUCUCGAUGCCUGCAUAACGGACAAAAUCAGACAGGACUACCAACGACAGCCAUUAGAUCAAAAGGAGGACAACAAAAUCGUACGGUCACCGAUGUCCACAAAAGGCCCCAACCGCGUGAGUACAUUAAAAUCCAUCGUUCUACAGUUAGGUUCAUGUAUGAUGAAUCUGCCUUUUGAUGUAUCUCUACGGGGAUUGGCGUGGUUCCCAGAUUCAGUACGGGUGUUAGGCGGGGUUCAUAGGUUGAGUUCCAUCGACGUUUUUUCUUCUGUCACAAAUUUGGCUGCUGCUCAGCUCCUUUGUGCCAAUCGUGGUUGCCCGUGUUGUGCAGCUCCUCUUAGUGGCUUUGCCAACCGAUCUUCCGUUAGCUCUUCAGGUUUACUAAUGGGGGUUGUGGUGCUACUUCAAAUAUUAACUCUGAUUGUUGCUUUCUGCAUUUGUCACACCACCAAAUGCCACCGACUGUGCUUCCCUACAGAACACCAUCGUUAUUCUGAGCAGGGGCUAUCUGCUGGAAUACUUAGGGAAGCUACUUACACAGCUGCUCGACUAAACAUAGUCAAGAAGGUGGCUGAAUUUGGAAUCAUUCACUUCCCUCUUACAGUUCCUCCACAGAAAAUGCAGGCUUCUUUUUAUAAAAAUGGGUAUAAUUCACAUCUUUCUGGGGGUGAAUGGAGAAGGCCACCAAGAGAACAAUAUUCUCUGUUUUUCAAUUUGUGAAUGGUGGGGAUCUGUUUGACGAAAUUAGGGCUGGCAUUCGUGGUUGCCUUGCAAGUUGCAAGUCGCUGCUUUCUACUGACGAGGGCAUCAAAUAUGACUUGCACUAUAAAAGGGCCGUGGAGUACUUACAAUUGGCUCUUGACUCAUCACACCCAAUGUUACCAGCAUUAGCUCCAUUGAUACAGUUGUUACUGUUUGGAAGAAAAUUUGAUGAAGCUGUCGACAGUCAACAAGUUUUGUGAGAAUUCACACACACCACUUCCUUUCAGAUUAAAGGCCAGCCUUCUUGAACAUUUGUGUGGUGACUAUCCAAUGCUUUCAACUUGUCAUGAAGAUAUUCUGAAAAGGGAUCCAACAUGUUACUAUUCACUGGAAAGGCUUGUGAGCAUGCAUAAUAAUGGGGACUAUGCUAUGGAAUCCCUUUUUGACAUGAUAGUUUUGCAUUUGGAUGGCACCUUUGCACAGCACAAAACAUGGAAAGAAUUUGCAGACUGCUUUCUUAAACUCCAUAAAAUUGAAAAGGAUGGUAACGUUCUCUAUUCUAUCUGUAAGGACUCAAUCAAGGCUUGGAAACUACGCCGCAGAUGGUGGUCCAGACGGCACUUCAGCCCAGACAUCCUUGCCUCAGAAAUUGCUGGAGGUGGCUUUCCUUUGUUAAGUUAUAAAGCAGCAUGUGCAUAUCACUUGUAUGGAAUGGAGUUUGGAUAUGUUUCAAAGGCUUGUGCUUGUCUGGAGAAGGAACAGAUAAACAGUGACUUGUUUGCAUACUUGAAGAAUUCCACCAGCAUCCCUUCUUACUUCAAGUAGAAACACAAACUAGAGUUGGAUUUUGUGCUUACAGUUCAUGCAGACAUGCUAAUUGAGUUUGUUUUUCUUUCCUUUGUAAACAAACUGAUGCAUUCUGUCCUCAUGUCUCCUGUUUAAAUUUUGCUUUACAUGUUUGCAUUGCUUGAUUUAGUACAUGAAGUACUGUUUUUUAUCA